ACUUAUUACUUAUUACUAUACAUAUAUGCUAUAGUUCUCUCUUGGUUAAAUAUUUUCUUCUCAUUCAAUUCAAAUAUUUUUCAUCACCACCACUUCAAAGAUUAUUAUUAAUUGGGCACAACAAUAAUAGCUUUGUUUGCAUUUGGAUAAAGAGAAACGCAGGAAAUAUAAAAUGGAGAAGAAGAUGAAGAAGGAAGUGAGUGAGGUAUGCACCAUGGAUGGAGCUGUAGACAUGCAUGGUCAUCCAGCAGUUAGAGAUAGAACUGGAAAUUGGGUUGCAGGAAUUUUGAUUUUAGUGAACCAAGGGCUUGCAACAUUGGCAUUCUUUGGAGUGGGUGUGAAUCUGGUACUGUUUCUAACAAGAGUUAUGGGCCAAGAUAAUGCUGAUGCUGCCAACAAUGUUAGCAAAUGGACUGGGACUGUUUACCUCUUCUCUCUUCUUGGUGCCUUCCUAAGUGACUCUUACUUAGGAAGGUAUGCUACUUGUGCUCUCUUCCAACUUAUCUUUCUUAUUGGUUUGGUGGCAUUAUCAUUGUCCUCAUACAUAUUCCUAUUGAAGCCUAAGGGAUGUGGUGAUGCAAAGUUUCAUUGUGGAUCACAUUCUUCAUAUCACAAUGCAAUAUUCUAUGUUUCAAUUUACCUAAUAGCCUUAGGAAAUGGAGGGUACCAACCCAACAUAGCUACAUUUGGAGCUGACCAAUUUGAUGAAGGUGAUCCUAAUGAAGGGCACUCAAAGAUAGCAUUUUUCAGCUAUUUCUAUUUGGCAUUGAACCUUGGCUCACUAUUCUCAAACACCAUCUUGGACUAUUUUGAGGAUAAUGGGCUUUGGACUAUUGGGUUUUGGGCCUCUGCUGGUUCUGCUGCUAUGGCAUUGGUUUUGUUCAUUUGUGGCACACCAAGGUAUAGGUACUUCAAGCCCAGUGGGAACCCUCUACCUAGAUUUUGCCAAGUUUUUGUAGCUGCUAUGAGGAAGUGGAAGGUCAAGGUGCUAGAACCUGAGGAGGAACUUUUUGAGGGUGAAGAAUUUUCAACCAAUUAUGGCAGGAAAUUACUACACACACAAGGAUUUAGUUUCUUGGAUAAAGCAGCAUACAUGACAACCAAGGAUGUAAAAAAAAUGGAAGAAAACAAAUGCAAUCCAUGGCAUGUAUCAACUGUGACACAAGUUGAGGAAGUGAAAUGCAUACUAAGGUUACUCCCAAUUUGGCUAUGCACAAUACUCUACUCAGUUGUAUUUACUCAAAUGGCAUCACUCUUUGUUGAGCAAGGUGAUGCAAUGGACACUAGAAUCUCAUCUUUCCGCAUUCCUCCAGCAAGCAUGUCUAGCUUUGAUAUCCUCAGUGUUGCAGCAUUUAUCUUCUUCUACAGGCGAGUCCUCGACCCCUUCGUGGCGCGAAAAACAAACUCCAGAGGACUAACUGAGCUCCAGAGGAUGGGAAUCGGCCUAAUCGUGGCGAUCAUGGCAAUGAUUUCAGCAGGGUUGGUUGAACAUUUUAGAUUGAAGUAUGCAUCAAAAGUAUCAGGGUCAAGUUCACUUAGCAUAUUUUGGCAAGUUCCACAAUAUGUACUAAUAGGUGCAUCUGAAGUGUUCAUGUAUGUUGGUCAAUUGGAAUUCUUCAAUGGACAAGCACCUGAUGCAUUGAAAAGCUUUGGUAGUGCACUUUGCAUGACUUCAAUUUCACUUGGAAACUAUGUCAGUAGUUUGCUUGUUGCAAUUGUCAUGAAGAUUUCUGCUAAGGAUCAAGAUAUGCCUGGUUGGAUCCCUGGAAACCUUAACAAGGGACAUUUGGACAGGUUUUAUUUCCUCUUAGCUGUAUUAACUUCUGCAGAUUUUCUCAUUUAUAUUGCUUGGGCAAGGUGGUAUAAAUAUAUCAAGUUUCAAGGGAACAAUGAUGAUGAUGAAGAAGAAGAAGACAUCAACAAAGUCAAAGAUUUUGAUCUCAAAGUGUAGUGUGUGUGUAUAUAUAUAUACACAUAUUGUUUCUUUUCAUCUUAUUUGUUACUGUAAAAAUUUGGACAUGCUUAAAUUGAUAUCCCAAAUUUUCAGAGUUUCAAAUUAAAAAAAAAAUGAAAACAUAUAUGACAAAGAAUAAUGACAUAUAGAUCUCUGUAUAUACCACCCUAAACUUUACUAGUUGCUGUGAAGCUGGAGAAAUUGGUUUUGCAUUUUCUCUAGGCAGAGCAAAUGGUUCUAUUAUAUUAGUAGCUACCUAUUGUAUCUGGUGGUGUGUUAUGGUGUAAUUUUAUUAUAUUUCAGAAAAUGUAUUUGGUUUCCCUUGUACUUUUUGUUGUAAUGAAGAGUCUUUGAUUUA